AUGCCAGUGCCCGUGACUACCUCCAGGCCGCAAGUCAAGAAGGCGCUGCUCGUCGGCGUGAGCUACCAGACCAACGAUGAGCUCCAGAUGCAGGGGAUGGAUAAGCUGCCAGGCUCCUUGGAAGACGUGCGUCGGUUACGCAAGUUGCUGAAUGUCAAGUUCAAGUAUCCCAUCGAAAAUAUCGUCAUGAUGACCGACGAUGAGGUCUCAACUGGGGACGAUCUGUGGCCUACGAAGGAGAACGUGCUUCGGAAGAUGAAGGAGCUCGUGCAAGAUGUGCAGUACGGAGACAGCAUCUGCUUUGCCUUCUCUGGUCAUGGAGGGCAGGUUGCGACGGAUGAUCCGCAGGAGGAAGACGGGUUUGACGAAGUCCUUCUCCCGCUAGAUGCGACCUACGACCCCGACAAUAAGGAGCAGUACGGCGCCUACAUUCGAGACAACGACGUUCGCGACAUUCUCGUGAACAACCUUCCACCUGGAGUCCGCUGUACGAUGAUCUUCGACUGCUGCCACUCCGGCACGGCUUCAGACUUGUCGAAUGUAGAAGUACCGAUGUCCCCACUGUCCCCCCUUGUUUCCCCUCCCAUUCAAAGCUCAGGUGCUUUUGCUCGCAUGCAAACUGUUCACGAUGAGCAUGCCCCCUCCGCAUACUCCUGGCCUUCGUCGCGCGUUCCAGGGAGCCGGAGGAACAGCCUCUCCAUCGAGAACUACGUGACGUCAUGGUCCGCGUGCCGCGACGAGCAACUCACGUUCGGCAGCAACAAGGGCGGAAUCUUCAUCAGAGCCUUCUACAACGCCCUCAUUCACACGACCUCCCUGCCGACCCACUCGCAGCUCCUGAAGAAGCUUCGACAUGAGCUGCAGAACGCCGUGAACCGCAUCAACGACCAUCACAAGGGCGUCCAUACCGCGUGCAGCGGGGACGACCUCAUGGUCGCGCCUCGCCCACAGCUCGGUGCGCUCAGUCCGCAGGCCAUCCUCGACAUAUCCUUUUCGUUGUGA